AUGGAUUCAUUUAAAAAACAACGUCAAGUAAUCAAAAGCAGUCUGACACGAAUUCAAAGUAUUUGUGCAGAUACAAACACGACAAUUGACGAUUUAAAAGUGCGUAUAGAGCGCGCUGAAGAAUUAUUCAAGCAAUACGGCGAUAUUCAGAAUGAAAUCGAUCUUCUUACAACAACGGCUAGCGAGCUUGAGCAAGAGGACGAGUAUCGGGCCGCAAUUGAAGAAAAGUAUUUUACAAUUAAAGCAAGCUAUUCACGUGCGCAAGUAGAGGGUGGUAAUGCGACAAUUAUCGAGAAUCAGCAAUCUCCAAGAGAUAUUUCGACAGCAAUGCAAGCAUUAAUGGAGCAUCAGGGCACCAUGGGCGCGUUAAUUGAACGCAUUUCACAAAACGUAAGCAGUGAUGGUAGAUCUUCGUCAUCACCAGCCAACACAAUAAACAAUUUGCAACAGCUGCCACAACAAGAGCUUCGAUUGCCACGAAUACAAAUUCCUGACUUCGAUGGCAAGUGCAUCGAGUGGAUGCGAUUCCGCGAUCUAUUCGAAGCCAUGUUUCACAACAAAACUAACAUUUCAAAUGUUGAGAAAUUGGAAUAUUUGCAAACGAAGGUAAAGGGUGAUGCACUGUCACUCAUAAAGCAUUUGCAACCAGCAAAUGCAAAUUAUGAAAUCGCUUGGCAACUAUUGAAGAAAAAAUAUGACAAACCUGACAAUAUAAAAAAGGCUUAUUUUGAAAUUUUGUUUGAUCAACCUGUGAUGAAAAUUUCAUCAGUUUCUGAAGCAAAACGUUUGUAUAACACAACCAACGAAACCAUAAACGCACUAAGGGUGCUCAAAGAGCCAGUAGAGCACUGGGAUUCAAUUUUACUUUUUAUACUUGAGAAAAAACUAGAUUCUGAAACUCAUACUUUGUGGUAUCGAGAUAGAAAGUCGGACGAAUCGACAACUAUACAACAUUUUUUAAAUUUUUUGGAAAAGCGUGUAUUUGAACUCGAAAAUACAUCUAAGGGCACAAACCACCAAUCACAUCAGAGUUACAAUAAGCAAAAACAAUCACGCACUUUUACUACUGUUAUGCAGGCAUGCCCUGUUUGUUCUUCGAAUCAUCCACUAUACAACUGCAGUAAAUUUAAGGAACUCAACGUAGAAGCAAGGCGAAAGGUUGUCCAGCAAGGCAACAUGUGUUUUAAUUGUUUGCAAGCAAAUCAUCAGGCUGUGAAUUGCAAACGAUCAUUUUGUCGUAAAUGCAACGGUAAGCACAACACGCUUCUGCACUUAGAUCGGUCGUCGACAGAGAAGCAACAAACAAGUGCAUCUCAACCACCAGUACGAAGUGAAGAAUCUACAAGCAUUAGUGUGAACAGUUUGCAAUCAAGUCCACAGUCAAUCACGUUGCUCCCAACUGCUUUGGUGAUGGUUGAGGAUGCGACUGGUUCACUGCAGCAAUGUCGUGCCUUGCUGGAUUCAGGAUCACAAGGCACACUUAUUUCUGCAGCAUGCGUGCAACGUCUUCAACUAAAACCCAAAUACGACAACACUAUUCUCUAUGGAGUAGGAGCAACGGAUGGAAGUCGCUCAAAAGGAAAAGUGUACAUAAGCAUUCAUGCACUUCAAGGCAAGACCAUCUCAACAGAGGGACUUUGUUUAUCAAAUCUAACACGGAACUUACCUUCAUAUAAGGUCUCCAGCCAGACCACAGAGUUUUUUAAGCAUUUGGAAUUGGCUGACCCAUACUACGAUAAGCCAGGUCGCAUUGACCUUAUUCUCGGAGCAGAUGUUCUAGCCGAUUGCAUCUUACCAAGCAUUAUACCGCACCCCAGUGGCUCACCAUCGGCAAUGUACACAAUUUUUGGAUGGGUUUUGAUCGGUAGGCUGUCAUCUGAGAACGAACAACAUAUCAUUACCGCGCAUACACUCAUGGAGAUUAGCCAACAGCUGCAACAAUUCUGGGAGAUUGAGGACGUUAAGGGCCCGCUUCAGCAUCUCACCCCUGAUGAGUUAGCAGCUGAAAAUCAUUAUAAACAAUUUGUUAAGCGAGACGAGUCUGGAAGAUAUGUAGUUAAACUUCCAUUGAAAAACGAACCGCAACUCGGUGAGUCACGUACCAACGCUCUAAAACGUUUUUUAGCUAUGGAACGACGUUUUCAUAAUAAUGCUCAGCUCAAGCAAGAAUACCAAAAAUUUAUGUUCGAUUAUAUCACGUUGGGCCACAUGGAGCCGGCUGGUAAUUUCGAUCCAAAACGUACGUAUUUUUUACCGCAUCACGCAGUGCUAAAGCCUAACAGCACAACAACUAAGCUGAGGGUUGUUUUUGAUGGGUCAUGUAGGACUACAAAUGGACUCUCGCUCAACGACCAGUUGCUCGUGGGACCCACAAUUCAGAGAGAUCUAUUUGACAUUAUUUUAAAUUUUCGCAAGUACAAGUUGGGAUUUACAGGGGAUAUAGAGAAGAUGUAUCGCCAGAUCUUGGUGGACCCUGACGACCAAUCACUGCAGCGUAUACUUUGGCGGAGGUCAAACGAUGAACCCAUAAAAGAAUAUAAUCUCAAGACUGUAACCUAUGGAACGUCAGCUGCGCCAUUCCUCGCAACUAGAACCUUGAAGCAAAUCGCCAAUGACAACGCCAAUGCACAUCCGAAAGCAUCUGAAGCAAUUUCACAGUAUUUCUACGUAGACGAUUUUAUGGCAAGCGCUACCGACGAAGCUACUGCGAUUCAGCUUAAAGAAGAGAUUUGCGCCCUGUUGUUUGAUGCUGGGUUACAUCUGCGCAAGUGGUCUUCAAAUUCAGCAACCUUCUUGGAAAGUAUUCCAAGUGAGGAUCGAGAGGUUCAAUCUGAUACCUAUAUAGACUCUACAUGCACAGUAAAGACACUGGGACUCUUAUGGGAUACAUCGACCGAUAGUUUUAAAUACAGCGUUUGUUUGCCAUCAAACCAACAUACAACCAAGCGAAGUGUUUUAUCGGAUUUAGCUAGGGUAUUUGAUCCCAUCGGAUGGUUGUCGCCAGUGGUUAUAUCAAUGAAGAUAUUCAUGCAAAAACUGUGGUUGAGAGGAAUAGGAUGGGACGAGGCAUUACCGCACGACCUUUACACUCAAUGGGUUGAGUAUCGAGAAAGCAUCAACCGCAUAUUACAGUUACAUAUUCCCCGGUGGAUACGUUACUCCAAUGAGAAGCUCGUACAACUACAUGGAUUUGCAGACUCCUCGGAGCUGGCAUACGCAGCAACUAUAUACAUUAGAGUUCACCAUGAAAAUGGGCAAAUAUCAACAAAUUUAAUAGCUGCCAAGACGCGUGUGGCUCCAGUUAAACAAAUCACACUACCAAGGCUUGAGCUAUGUGGUUCACAUCUUAUGACGAAAUUAAUGACUAAAGUACAAAAUGCGCUGGAAUUGUCAAAGGCUGAAACCUUUGGAUGGACGGAUUCCACAAUAGUGUUGGCAUGGUUAAGGGAUCAUCCUCGCCGUUGGAAAACAUUCAUAGCGAAUCGAACUGCGGAAAUAUUAAAAGUUGUUCCGUCUGAGCGUUGGAGACACAUUCCUUCUCAGCACAAUCCUGCAGAUCUUGCCACAAGGGGAUUGUGUCCUCAAGAACUUCUAUCUAACGAGAUUUGGUGGCAUGGUCCAGGUGAACUAAAAGACAUUCCAGAGACGUGUCAUUUAGUGCCUCCUCUGGAAGAUGACAUAACGCAGGAAGAACGGAAAAGCACGGUUGCACUUGCAAGCGUAACAACUGAGGUUUCAGUGAUAGAGCGCUACUCCUGUUAUACACGACUGCUGCGAAUCACAUCACUUCUUUUGCGAUUUGUCAACAACUGCAAAGCUAAGUGCAUUAAUAGCAAAGGUAAUAAUCAAUCCAUUACAACCAGUGAACUACGCACGGCGCAUGAUGUCCUGGUUAGAUCAGUACAAGCAGGAUCUUACACAUUCGAGUUACGAACUAUCGGUCAAGGUAGGCAGUUACCAUCUUCACAUAAGUUGGCACCACUUGCUCCAUUUAUUGACGAACAAGGAUUGCUCCGCGUAGGUGGCAGAGUUACCAACGCGAAAAUCAAUUAUAAUCAGAAACAUCCAUUCAUAAUGGACAAAACUCACCCGUUAACUAAACUAAUUGUACGUGACUAUCACAUACGUUACUUGCAUGCCGGACAGAGGCAAUUACAUUAUCUCUUGGCUCUUAAGUACUGGAUUCCAGGAGUCACACAUGUUAUCAAGCAGGGCAUCUUUAAAUGUACAGUAUGCAUGAGACACCGCGGCAUUUCCUACCAACAACAAAUGGGUGACAUACCAAAAUAUCGUUUGGAUCCAGGAUCACCUUUCCUCAACACGGGGAUCGAUUUUGCUGGGCCGAUACAGGUACGUUCUUGGAAGGGACGUGGCUCUAAACUGUAUAAAUGCUGGAUAGCACUUUUUAUUUGCUUGACCACCAAGGCAAUACAUAUUGAGCUGGUGACUGAAUUGUCUACAGCGGCUUUCAUUGCAUCACUACGAAGAUUCACUGCGCGGCGCGGAAAACCAUUACAUAUAUUCUCAGACAAUGGUACCAACUUUGUGGGUGCUAAUCAACAUUUGCGGGAACUAUACCAAUACAUAAAUGAUUCGACAACACAGGAAACUAUUUCAAGAGCGUCAGCUGAGCAAGAAAUUCAGUGGCAUUUCUCCCCACCUGCAGGACCCCACUUCGGCGGCAUAUGGGAAGCAGGCGUCAAGUCAGUCAAGUAUCACUUAAAACGAACAUUGGCUGAUGCGUGCGUUACAUAUGAGGAGUUGAACACUAUUCUCUGUCAAAUUGAAGGAUGUCUCAACUCACGCCCACUAUGUACCAAAUUUGAAGGCGAUAUCGAUCCCUUGACUCCAGCACAUUUCCUGAUUAUGCGCCCAAUGACUUCUCUGCCAGACAAAAACCUCCUCAACCUAAAGGAAAAUGCAGUAAAUCGUUGGCAAUACCUUCAGAAGCUGACACAGCAUUUUUGGAAAAGGUGGUCAAUCGAAUAUGUAACACAAUUAUCAUAA